ACCAUUAUCGAAGCUCGGCUUGUUCCCACUUCUCCGAUCUAAAUCACUGCCAACCCGUGACAAUGUCAUCUCGCACGCAGGCCAAGUCGAAACUCAUCUCGCGGGGACCAUUGGACCCCAAUGAAGCCCGCUGGGCUCGAAUGAUCAAGACAACAUACACUGACCCCCUGGGUGUCGAGCGAACAUGGGAAUCAGCUGAGCGCACGACCCGUCCUGCCGGUAUUGAUCUUGAUGGCGUUGGGAUUGUCGCUAUUCUGAACAAAGAUACUGGCUCAGAGCUCCUUCUGCAGAAGCAAUACCGGCCCCCAAUUGAUGCAGUCGUUAUUGAGGUUCCUGCGGGACUAAUCGAUGCAGGUGAGACGCCUGAGCAGUGUGCUGUUCGAGAACUCAAAGAGGAGACUGGUUACGUUGGUGUGGCGGAGCAGACUAGUCCAGUGAUGUAUAACGACCCAGGACUUUGCAAUACCAACCUGCAUAUGGUCCACGUCCGGGUUGAUAUGUCCCUUCCCGAGAACAAGAACCCAAAGCCUGAACUUGAGGAUAACGAGUUCAUCGAAUGCUUUACUGUUCCAUUGAACUCACUGUUUGACGAGAUGAAGAAGCUUGAAAAAGAGGGUUAUGCUAUUGACGCCAGGGUUGGAACGCUAGCCGAAGGAAUUGAGCUGGCGAAGAAAUGGAGACUGUGA